AUGACUGGACGUGGCAAGGGCGGCAAGGGUCUCGGCAAGGGCGGUGCCAAGCGUCACCGAAAGAUCUUGCGAGACAACAUUCAGGGAAUCACCAAGCCCGCUAUCCGACGUCUCGCUCGUCGUGGCGGUGUCAAGCGUAUUUCUGCUAUGAUUUACGAGGAGACCCGUGGUGUUCUCAAGACCUUCCUGGAGGGUGUCAUCCGUGACGCUGUCACCUACACUGAGCACGCCAAGCGCAAGACCGUCACCUCCCUCGACGUCGUCUACGCUCUCAAGCGACAGGGACGUACCCUCUACGGUUUCGGUGGUUAA